CGUCAUUGACAUUGCUUCAAAUCACAAGUUAGGCUACACAUGAUCUUGAUUUUACAUCAUCGAACACUAGAUCUAGAAUAUAGAUCUUUAUCUAAAGCAAAUAUUAAUAAAUCCACAUCCAUCAAUAAUUAGAAUCUAGAUCUGGGUCUACGGUGUAAGACAAGAAUUCUAAGUCAAACAAUGUCACUUUGACAGUCGGAGUCAUUUUUACCUUUGUUUGAUGCUGAGAUUGAUUCGUCAAGAUGGUAGCUGUUAAGUUAAUUUUGAAACGUUUACUCAAAGGCUUGGUGAUUGCAGGUCCACCCUACAUUGCAUUCACUGACUUAUUUUAUGUGGUGAGAACAGUUGAUGGGAUUUCAAUGCAGCCGACCUUGAACCCAGAUGGCGAUAACAUUGACUUUGUUCUUCUCAAUCGUUGGUCAACAACAGAUAUUGAAAGAGGGGAUAUAAUUUCGCUUAUAUCACCCAAAGAUCCAACGACAUGGUUGAUCAAGCGAGUUGUCGCCCUUGAAGGGGAUCAAGUCAAGGCAGAUAGUUGUUUUGAAGAAAUCUGUGACGUGCCUAAAGGUCAUUGCUGGGUUGAGGGAGAUAACCGCAAGUGUAGUAUGGACAGUAACAACUUUGGACCGGUUUCCCUGGGACUGGUGACAGCGAAAGCAACUCACGUCAUCUGGCCCCCGUCCAGGUGGGGAACAUUGGAUAAGAAAGAAGUCACUGGAGAUAGAGUCACAUUACGAGAGCAGGUACAAAGAGGAAAAGUCUUUUUUGGCUGGGAACAAUAAGUUGGUUCCUUAGAGCGAGCUCUCCUGUUUGAAAAGUUCAAAGUUUGUUGAAAGGAAAAUGUCGGAUUUGGAAGAACUUGAAAUGAUUUUAAGUUUGCUUUAAAAUGUUACCAAUUUGUAUUUAUUUACACAGACACACACACACACAAAUAUUGAGUAUGUGAUUUUCUUUUUUUUACAUCUGAUAUACAUGUUUGCUAAUUUUGAAUAUGCUGCAAGAAUUUGGUUUAUUUCCUAAACGUGUUCAAAUAAACUUAUAGGUCAUUUAACGAUGACUGCAGUUGAAGUAUAAACAAAGUCAAACUGUCUUUUGUAUUUGGGUAUAUGUGUGUAUGUUUUGUAUAGGAUAUCUGAAAUGUCAGGGUCAGGGCAUUUUAAAUCUUGUUCAGCAUAUCAGUUGAACUAAUUUACAUAAUUGUCAUGAGUGUAUGUUAUUUGAGGAGAUGGUAAAUGGUAGUUGUGAUCUGAUGUAGAUAGUGGGCAGUCUUUCAGUAGAUCACAUAGCAAGUAACACUGAUAUGACAAAUGCUGGAAAUAUUUGUACUUCAUACUUUGUUAUUUGCUAUUCUCUAAUCAAACUAAUUUCUUUUCAUGGUGUUUCAUUUCAUGUUGCUUCAGAUGAAUCCAAGCAGCAUGAAUUUUGAUGUCUUGCUUUACUCUUAAAGAGUUUAUUAGCCAUCUAGUAUUAUUAAAGCAAACCUCAAAACCAAAUAGCUUUUUAAGUCGACUGAAAUAUACAACAAAAUUCUUGUAUCCCUUAGUCUGUCGAGUCUUUACACUAGAUGUGUUGACCAUCUUUCUCCAUUCCCCCGUCUUUGGCGUUGGAUAGUGUUUUUUUUAUCUAAAUGACAGGCCAGUCCAUUCUAUGUUGUCUUCCUAUAGCUGUCUCUGUCAGCUUCUUCUUUUUCCUGGUGCUGUUCCCUGAAGGAUGGUCAUUGUGAGUCCUGAGGACCUUGUGAUUUGACAUACAUUUAAAGUUUGUGUGUUUUGCCAGUAGUUGGCAGGUCAUAGUGGGGUAAAAUGCUGUCUUAAUCCUGUUUCUUAUCUCUUCAUUUUUUAUUUUAAAUUUGCAUAUUUUAAAACAAUGCUUGUUUUUGAAAUAUUUUGUAAUUUUUCUUUGUAUUUCUAUUUAGGAAAAAAAUUAUUAGUUGAUAGGAGUCUCAAGAUUUUAGUAAUGUGUUUAGAGCAAUAACACUCACAUUACUUCUAUUCAUCAAAUAUUAUCUUUAUUUUCAUUGUUUUGACAUACAGGAGAAAGGUUUUAAUCUCCAAGGUGAAUUUAAUUCUUUUUUUUUAAUGAAUGAGUUAUGGUUUCAAAAAUAUUUUGGAUUUCAAUGCAUACAUUUAAACCAUUCAGAUUUUUAACAUUAUCUCAUGAGUAACUUAUGGAUUUUUGAAUAAACAUGUUUAAUG